AGAUGCAGCAUCCGUGUGGGCUUUAGCAGGGCUUUUUGUUUGUUUGUUCAUUUUUAACACGCUGUGGAGUUGAAACGAUCUGUCCCUGGAAAUGCCUUUGAGUGUGAAGCUGUAACGCUGUCCCGCACCCCAGUCGGCAUUUCAGCAGCACCUAGCUGGAAACCACCGCUCGGGGAGGGUCAGGGGGGAAGGUUGCUCAGUGUAUGAAUUCGGGCUAUUGUUCGAGGCACACAUCUGCCUUAAGAAAUCGCACGGCACAGGCCGUUACUUAUUCAGAUGCAGAAGCUCCUUCCGUCCCACAAGACGGCCCAUUCGAGUCACAUGCCAGAGGUCUCGGCAGAAUGGGCUGCAGCUGCUUCAAAUCUGCUGUCUAACAUCAGAAGCAGUUGGACAAACUGUACCGUACUGACUACAGUCAGGCUCCCGGGCGCCAAGGAAGACAGGGAAAAGAUUUGGGAUCCCAGCGCUAUGUUCUCAGAGGAUCUGUGGCUGGAGAAUGAGAAAAACUGUGCCGUUGUUCACAAGUCGAAGCGAGGAAGGAAGCGCCAAGAGCUCCUGGCUGUGGCCCUGGGGGUGAAGGUGGGAGUCAAGGGGGCACUUCUGUGGCAACCUCUGAAACUCUUUGCCUAUUCACAGAUCACCUCCUUGGUCAGAAGAGCAGCCUUAACUCAAAACGACAACCACUUCAACUAUGAAAAAGCACACAAUUUUAAGGUCCAUACAUUUCGAGGUCCGCACUGGUGUGAAUACUGUGCCAACUUCAUGUGGGGUCUCAUCGCUCAGGGAGUGAGGUGUUCAGACUGCGGGUUGAACGUACAUAAGCAGUGCUCCAAAUACGUGCCCAACGACUGCCAACCAGACCUCAAGAGGAUAAAGCGAGUCUACUGCUGCGAUCUCACCACCCUCGUGAAAGCCCACAAUACCCAGAGGCCAAUGGUUGUGGAUUCAUGCAUUCGAGAGAUCGAAGCGAGAGGUUUAAAGUCCGAGGGCCUCUAUAGAGUCUCAGGCUUCACUGAGCACAUUGAAGAUGUGAAAAUGGCCUUUGAUCGAGAUGGUGACAAGGCUGAUAUUUCUGCCAGUAUUUAUCCAGACAUAAACAUCAUUGCUGGAGCACUGAAGCUAUACUUCAGAGACUUACCGAUUCCCGUGAUCACCUAUGACACCUAUUCCAAGUUCAUAGAGGCAGCAAAAGUCUCCAAUCCUGAUGAACGACUAGAAGCAAUACAUGAAGUGUUGAUGUUACUCCCUGCUGCUCACUACGAGACACUUAGAUACCUAAUGAUUCAUCUCAAAAAGGUUACCUUGCAUGAAAAGGAGAAUUUUAUGAAUGCUGAAAACCUGGGAAUAGUGUUUGGGCCUACUUUAAUGAGACCUCCAGAGGACAGUACCCUUGCUACGCUGAAUGACAUGCGGUACCAGAAGUUAAUUGUGCAGAUUUUAAUAGAAAAUGAAGAUGUUCUCUUUUAGACAGAGAGGCAUAUCUUCAAAGCCAUUUGUUUAAAAAAAAAAAAAAAAUUAGUUUGAAGGAAAAACAACAUUUCUUUACAUUUUUUUAAAACAUAAAGGAAAAGUUCCUUGACUGCACUUCAAUUUCUGCAAAGUUGCAGAUGGAUGCCAAAAUGUUUAGGGAAAGCCUAUGUCUCAUAGACAUAUGCCUCUUUGUAGAAGGGAAAUAAAAGGUCAGAAAAAAUCCUCUUACCUUGUAUCUUUUGCCUUGCCUCAGAUGUAUAUUUGUUUUGAGAAGUUGCAAACAAUUUUAUUCUUAACUUAUUAAGAAACACAAAACAUAUUUUAAUAUGGCUAGAGAAGCAAAAAGGUACUUAAUCAGUGUUACUUGUAUACGCCUAUACAUUUCCCUUUCCAUGAGACAUAAUUAUAUAUGUCAAUUGUGAAACAGAACCUAUAUUAUAAAGAUAUUUUUACUUUACCUAGCUGAAAGAAUGGCAUUUUAUUUUAGCAAACUAUAAAUCAAUGCGGUGCAUUGAUUAUUUUCCACGUAAUUCUUUCCUGCAUUUUUGCUAUGAUAUAUUGAAACCAAUUACCACUAAUGCAGUAUUAUCUUGACAUACCUCUUUCAUUGCAAGUGUUUUAAAGGAGAAUUCUUUUCUUGUGUGUAUUCCAGCUUCCCUUAGGUUUCCUUGCAUUUAGGCACUAGCAUCCUAAGAUUGUACACAUUUAGCCAUUUGCUGUUUCCCAAAACAUACAGUAUGUUCUCUCUUUUUGGUUUUGUUUUUCUUUUUUUUUAUUCCCAUGUAAAAUAUGGUAUUGAGAAUUUUUCAAAAGUCCUAGUGGUAGCAUCAGUUUCACAUGCCAGAUUUUUCUUGGAUUACAGGAAUAUGUAAGUUAAGUGAUGCUGGGACACUGGAUAUUUUCUGGCCUUGUUGAAAAGUUAGCACUUUUGGGGGUUAAUUAUGAAGGAUUUGGUUUUUCUGUAAAAAUCGAGUUAUGUUUUGUCAUGUUUCUGUAUUUAUAAACGUACAGUAAAUCUGCUAAAAAUUUAGGUAUUUAUCUUGAAUGUGUUUCCUGAUGGUUGGUUAAAAAAAAAGAAAAAGGAAAGAAUGAAUGUGUAGGAAAUGUGGGAGAUGGUAAAUUUAAUUAUUACCAAAUUUUAAUAUUUUUCUCCCCUCACAAACAUUGACCUACAGAGUUCAUAGUCUAACUGCAACUUAUUCCUAAUGUUAAAACUGUUUCUCAGCAUGAGAAGUUUCUGCAAGCAUAGCAAAACAACAUACUUUACUACCAAACUCAAUUUUCAAUACAAAAAAAAAAAAAAUCUAAUAAUCCCUCAUCUUGAUUGUUUGUAUCAUAUGCUUGGUAACUCAGUGAUGCAGUUUCCUGAAUUAUUUCAGGGAGCACAUGUUUCUAUUCAAAUUGAAAAAUAUGUGUAACUAUGAUAAUGAAGGGAGGUGGAGGGUAUGACUGUAAAUUUGUUGUCUUCUAGAGAAAUAACUAAGGGCUAGAUAGAUUAACCCAGAUCGCAGAGCAAAUGCUAAAUAGUCUGAGUUCCCAAUACUUCCAUAGAUCCUCCUGCUUUGUACAGGACUAUUUGUUGUAGGUUACGUACUACUUAAUACUGUCAUAAAAAUGAUCUGAAAAUGGUUUUAUUUUGUGAAGUGAAAUAUGCUUUGUAAUUUAUGAUAGUGUAAAUGGAAGGAAAAAUCCCAUUAAAUGUGUUGAAGAGUU